AUGUCGACUAUACUUCGUACGCUGCGCAAUCUGCGGCAGAUUGGACUCAAGGUUGGUUCUCGGGUCGGAUUCGGCGUGUCCCAGAAGCCCUAUACUAACCUUUGCACCUUGACAGGAAUAUGGACACCAGAUGCAGGUGAUACCAAAGCUGGUACCUUGAUUGCUACCGACCGCUAUGGCAACAAGUACUACGAGAACAUGGAGGAGCUCCCUCUCCGCACACGAUGGGUUGACUACAAGGAGAAGGAGUAUGACCCUUCGCAGAUCGAGCCCGGAUGGCACGCUUGGCUGUCCUACUUGGUGGAUGUGCCUCCCACCCAGGACAAGAUUUUGCAGCUCGGUGUUCGCGCUUGGGAAUUGCCCGAGCACAGGCCCAACCCGACUCUCAGCCGUGCUGCCUACAAGCCCUACUCGACCGUUCGGCCCAAGUACUCGGCUUGGACUCCUGUUGCUGCUCCCCGGUAG